AAAGGUUAGAACGCGGUGAAGUUUCCUAAUCCGCGUACCCAGAAGGAAGGAAGUUAUUAUUAUACAGACAAGAGUUUAAUUUGAAGGCCAAAUCAAAAUAUUGAAAAGCCGCGAGGGAGGUUUCGUUUCGUUUCGUUCAGUUCACACAUUCUAUUCUCUAUCGAUUCCUCUUCCCUUUUUCUCAAUCCACUACACCACAGUUAUGAGGAGCCAACUUGUGUGUAAUGGGUGUAGGAGCAUCUUGGUUUACCCUAGAGGAGCAACCAAUGUUUGCUGUGCGUUGUGCAACACCAUUACCUCUGUUCCUCCUCCUGGAAUGGACAUGUCACAACUCUAUUGUGGAGGCUGUACGACAUUGCUAAUGUACACACGUGGUGCUACAAGUGUGAGAUGUUCCUGCUGUCACACUAUUAACCUUGUACCAGAAUCUAAUCAAGUCAUUCAUUGUGCGAACUGCCGGACAACACUCAUGUAUCCUUAUGGAGCUUCCUCAGUCAAAUGUGCAAUUUGUUGCUAUAUUACUAAUAUCAGUAUGACCAAUGGAAGGCUUUCAAUUCCUGUACAGAGACCAAAUGGAACAGCCAACUCUGGAACAGUAUCUUCAACUUCAUCGUCAAUGCCUUAUUCUCAGAGCCAAACUGUCGUAGUAGAAAAUCCUAUGUCUGUUGAUUCGAGUGGGAAAUUGGUGAGGAAUGUCGUUGUGGGCGUUACAACAGAUAAGAAAUGAUACUUGCCACAUGAAAAUGUUACACAAGUGUAAAGGGAACAUCAUUUGACUCGUCAACUGCUGGUGCUUGAAAAUAUUGUUCGUGUAUAUGAAAUUGCAGCUUAUAAGUUAAAGAUAUUUUUGUUCUAAAUGAGAUUUAGACUGAUUUAAUUUACAUAUAUGUAUACGAGGACCAGUGGAAAGGGCACACAACUUGUCAUUUAUUGAAUUGCCAAGGUCCUCUUUUUGCUGCAGUUGUAUCACAGGGUUUUUCGCAUCUCGAAUUACAAGUCCUAGAUGCACAUUUGAUUCCUCUUCUUUGGUGACUUGAUUUUAUUAUGCAAGCAUAUAACCUGAUAAGGUGCCUAGAGUCAACUGGCGCAGAAAUUCAAAUGUGUACACGCACUAAAUCAAAUAUCAAAGGAUUAGUUAUUGUAA